CCCAGGGGCAGCUGGCGGCCAUGCCCACUGUCUGCCUCCUCCUACUGCUCUCCCUCGCUGUGGAUGGGGGCCUGGGCAGCGCCAGGGCCUUCCGUGCCUUUGCUGUGACAGACACCACGCUCACCCACCUGGCUGUGCAUCGAGUGACGGGGGAGGUGUUUGUAGGUGCUGUGAACCGAGUCUUCAAGCUUGCCUCUAACCUGACUGAGCUGCGGGCCCAUGUCACUGGGCCCGUCGAGGACAAUGCUCGCUGCUACCCACCACCCAGCAUGCGCGCGUGUGCCCAUCGCUUGGCCCCUGCAGACAACGUGAAUAAGCUGCUGCUCAUCGACUAUGCCGCACGCCGCCUGGUAGCCUGUGGCAGCGUGUGGCAGGGCAUCUGCCAGUUCCUGCGCCUGGACGACCUUUUCAAGCUGGGUGAGCCACACCACCGCAAGGAGCACUACCUGUCGGGGGCCCAGGAGCCCGACUCCAUGGCUGGCGUCAUCGUGGAGCAGGGCCAGGGGCCCAGCAAACUGUUCGUGGGUACUGCAGUCGAUGGCAAGUCAGAGUACUUCCCUACGCUCAGCUCCCGCAAGCUCAUUGGCAAUGAGCACGGCGCCGACAUGUUCAGUCUGGUGUACCAGGACGAAUUUGUGUCCUCUCAGAUCAAGAUCCCCUCGGACACGCUGUCCUUGUACCCUGCCUUCGACAUCUACUACAUCUACGGCUUCGCCAGCGCCCCCUUCGUGUACUUCUUGACAUUGCAACUCGACACCCAGCAGACGCUGCUGGACGCAGCAGGCGAGAAAUUCUUCACGUCCAAGAUCGUACGCAUGUGCGCAGGGGACUCAGAGUUCUACUCGUAUGUGGAGUUCCCCAUCGGCUGCUCCUGGCAUGGCGUGGAGUACCGCUUGGUGCAGAGUGCCCACCUGGCCAAGCCCGGCCUGCUGCUGGCCCAGGCCCUGGGCAUCCCAGCUGACGAGGACGUCCUCUUCACCAUCUUCUCUCAGGGACAGAAGAACCGGGCCAGCCCGCCCCGCCAGACCAUCCUCUGCCUCUUUACCCUCAGCAACAUCAACGCACACAUCCGACGUCGCAUCCAGUCAUGCUACCGCGGGGAGGGCACGUUGGCCCUGCCCUGGCUACUCAACAAGGAGAUGCCCUGCAUCAACACACCCAUGCAGAUCAACGGCAACUUUUGUGGGCUGGUGCUGAAUCAGCCUCUGGGCGGCCUGCACGUGAUCGAGGGGCUGCCCCUCCUGGCCGACAGCACUGAUGGCAUGGCCAGCGUGGCUGCCUACACCUACCACCAGCACUCUGUGGUAUUCAUCGGCACACGCAGCGGCAGGCUCAAGAAGGUGCGGGUUGAUGGCUCCCAGGACGCCCAUCUGUAUGAAACAGUGCCCGUGGUGGAUGGCAGCCCCAUCCUACGAGACUUGCUGUUCAGCCCUGACCAUCGGCAUAUCUACCUCCUGAGUGAGAAGCAGGUGAGCCAGCUCCCAGUGGAGACGUGCGAGCAGUAUGUGAGCUGUGAGGCCUGCCUGGGCGCAGGGGACCCACACUGUGGCUGGUGUGUGCUGCAGCACAGGUGCUGCCGUGAGGGGGCCUGUCCAGGUGCCUCUUCACCACACGGCUUUGUGGAAGAGCUGAGUAAGUGUGUUCAGGUGCGUGUCCGGCCCAACAACGUGUCAGUAACGUCACCUGGGGUGCAGCUGACUGUAGCCAUGCGCAACGUGCCAGACCUCAGCGCAGGUGUGCGCUGUGCCUUCGAGGAAGUGGCACAGAGUGAGGCUGUCCUGCUGCCCUCUGGGGAGCUACGCUGCCCCUCCCCCUCUCUCCAGGAGCUCCAGGCACUUACGAGGGGGCAUGGGGCCACGCGCACUGUGCGCCUGCAGCUGCUCUCCAAGGAGACAGGCGUGAUAUUCGCCGGAGCCGACUUUAUCUUGUACAACUGCAGUGUUUGGCAGUCGUGCAUGUCAUGUGUUGGCAGCGCUUAUCCCUGCCACUGGUGUAAGUACCGCCACGUGUGUACCAGCCACCCCCACGAGUGCUCCUUCCAGGAGGGCAGGGUCCACAGCCCUGAGGGCUGCCCUGAGCUCCUGCCCAGCGGGGACCUGCUCAUCCCAGUCGGAGUCAUGCAGCCCCUUACGCUGCGGGCCAAGAACCUGCCACAGCCACAGUCGGGCCAGAAGAACUAUGAGUGCGUAGUGCGCGUGCAGGGGCAGCAGCAGCGGGUGCCUGCCGUGCGUUUCAACAGUAGCAGCGUGCAGUGCCAGAAUGCCUCGUACUCCUAUGAAGGCGAGGAGCAUGGCGACACUGAGCUGGACUUCUCCGUAGUCUGGGAUGGGGGUUUCCCCAUUGACAAGCCUCCCGGCUUCCGAGCACUCCUGUACAAAUGCUGGGCCCAGCGGCCCAGCUGUGGCCUCUGCCUCAAGGCUGAUCCCCGCUUCAACUGUGGCUGGUGCAUCUCAGAGCACAAGUGCCAGCUGCGAGCCCACUGCCCAACUCCCAAGACCAACUGGAUGCACCCGAGCCAGAAGGGUGCCCGGUGUAGCCAUCCCCGCAUUGCCCAGAUCCACCCACUCAUGGGGCCCAAGGAAGGAGGCACUCGGGUCACCAUCGUGGGCGAGAACCUGGGCCUUGCCUCUCGGGAGCUGGGCCUGCGGGUGGCUGGCGUGCGCUGCAACUCCAUCCCCACUGAGUAUGUCAGUGCUGAGAGGAUCGUGUGUGAGAUGGAGGAGUCCCUGGUGCCCAGCCCGCCACCCGGGCCUGCUGAGCUGUGUGUGGGUGACUGCUCUGUGGACUUCCGCACCCAGUCUGAGCAGCUCUACAGCUUUGUGACACCGACCUUUGACCGUGUGAGUCCCAGUCGGGGUCCAGCUUCGGGGGGCACACGCCUCACCAUCUCUGGCAGCUCUCUGAACGCUGGCAGCAGAGUCACAGUGACCGUGAGAGACGGCGAGUGCCAGUUUGUGAGGAGAGAUGCCGAGGCAAUUGUGUGCGUCUCACCCGGCUCCACACUGGGUCCCAGCCAGGCCCCCAUCACCCUUGCCAUCGACCGUGCCAAUAUCUCCAGCCCCGGAGUCAUCUAUACCUACACCCAGGAUCCCACGGUCACCCGCCUCGAGCCGACUUGGAGCAUCAUCAAUGGCAGCACUGCGAUCACAGUGAGUGGCACUCACCUGCUCACGGUGCAGGAGCCCCGGGUCCGGGCCAAGUACCGAGGCAUCGAGACCACCAACACGUGCCAGGUGAUUAAUGACACUGCCAUGCUGUGUAAAGCCCCCGGCAUCUUCCCGGGGCAGCCCCAGCCACGGGCCCAAGGUGAGCACCCUGAUGAAUUUGGCUUCGUGUUGGACCACGUGCAGACAGCCCGCUCCCUCAACCGCUCAGCCUUCACCUACUAUCCGGACCCCAGCUUUGAGCCCCUGGCGCCCUCUGGUGUCCUGGACGUCAAACCUGGCUCCCAUGUGGUGCUCAAGGGCAAGAACCUGAUCCCUGCCGCAGCUGGCAGCUCACGCCUCAACUACACAGUGCUGAUUGGAGGCCAGCCAUGCGCACUCACCGUGUCAGACACACAACUGCUGUGUGACUCGCCCAGCCAGACUGGCCGGCAGCCUGUCAUGGUGCUGGUAGGUGGCCUGGAGUUCUGGCUAGGCACCCUGCACAUCUCAGCCGAGCGGGCCCUCACCCUGCCAGCCAUGGCGGGGCUGGCGGCAGGGGGUGGCUUCUUGCUGCUGGCCAUCACCGCUGUGUUGGUGGCGUACAAGCGCAAGACUCAGGAUGCUGAUCGCACACUCAAACGGCUGCAGCUACAGAUGGACAACCUGGAGUCUCGUGUGGCCCUGGAGUGCAAGGAAGCUUUUGCAGAGCUGCAGACAGACAUCAACGAGCUGACCAACCACAUGGAUGGGGUGCAGAUCCCAUUCCUGGACUACAGGACCUAUGCCGUGCGUGUGCUGUUCCCAGGCAUUGAGGCCCACCCUGUGCUCAAGGAGCUGGAUGUGAGUCCCCUGACUCCCCCCAAUGUGGAGAAGGCCCUGCGCCUUUUUGGCCAGCUGCUGCACAGCCGCGCCUUCGUGCUCACCUUCAUUCACACACUCGAGGCUCAGAGCAGCUUCUCGAUGCGUGACCGUGGCACCGUAGCCUCACUCACCAUGGUGGCCCUGCAGAGUCGCCUUGAUUAUGCUACGGGGCUGCUCAAGCAGCUGCUGGCUGACCUCAUAGAGAAAAACCUGGAGAGCAAGAACCACCCGAAGCUGCUGUUGCGCAGGACGGAGUCAGUAGCUGAGAAGAUGCUUACUAACUGGUUCACGUUCCUGCUGCAUAAAUUCCUGAAGGAGUGUGCAGGGGAGCCCCUCUUCCUGCUGUACUGCGCCAUCAAGCAGCAGAUGGAGAAGGGCCCAAUCGACGCCAUCACGGGUGAGGCCCGCUACUCCCUCAGCGAGGACAAGCUCAUCCGGCAGCAGAUCGACUACAAGACGCUGACACUGCACUGUGUGUGCCCGGAGAGCGAAGGUAGUGCCCAGGUGCCAGUGAAGGUGCUCAACUGCGACAGCAUCACCCAGGCCAAGGACAAGCUGCUGGACACUGUAUACAAGGGCAUCCCGUACUCGCAGCGUCCCAAAGCGGAGGACAUGGACCUGGAAUGGCGCCAGGGCCGCAUGGCCCGCAUCAUCCUCCAGGACGAGGAUGUCACGACCAAGAUCGAGUGUGACUGGAAGAGGGUCAACUCCCUAGCUCACUACCAGGUGACAGAUGGUUCCUUGGUGGCACUGGUGCCCAAACAAGUGUCUGCUUAUAACAUGGCCAAUUCCUUCACCUUCACACGCUCCCUCAGCCGCUAUGAGAGUUUACUCCGCACUGCCAGCAGCCCCGAUAGUCUCCGCUCGCGGGCACCCAUGAUUACACCUGACCAGGAGACAGGCACCAAGCUGUGGCACCUGGUGAAAAACCAUGACCAUGCUGACCACCGGGAAGGGGACCGUGGCAGCAAGAUGGUCUCUGAGAUCUACCUGACACGCCUGCUGGCUACCAAGGGCACGCUGCAGAAGUUUGUGGAUGAUCUCUUUGAGACAGUGUUCAGCACGGCCCACCGGGGCUCAGCCUUGCCCUUGGCCAUCAAGUACAUGUUUGAUUUUCUGGACGAGCAGGCAGACCAGCGGCAGAUCAGUGACCCUGAUGUGCGCCACACGUGGAAGAGCAACUGCUUGCCCCUGCGCUUCUGGGUGAAUGUGAUCAAGAACCCGCAGUUCGUGUUCGACAUCCACAAGAGCAGCAUCACGGACGCCUGCCUGUCGGUGGUGGCCCAGACCUUCAUGGACUCCUGCUCCACAUCCGAGCACCGCCUGGGCAAGGACUCGCCCUCCAACAAGCUCCUCUAUGCCAAGGACAUCCCCAACUACAAGAGCUGGGUGGAGAGGUACUAUCGGGACAUUUCCAAGAUGGCGUCCAUCAGUGACCAGGACAUGGACGCCUACCUUGUGGAGCAGUCCCGCCUUCAUGCCAGUGACUUCAAUGUCCUUAGUGCACUCAGUGAGCUCUACUUCUAUGUCACCAAGUAUCGCCAGGAGAUCCUCACCGCUCUGGACCGAGACGCCUUGUGUCGCAAGCACAGGCUGCGCCACAAGCUGGAGCACAUCAUCAGCCUCGUGUCUGGCGACAGCUAAGAACGACCGACGUGGUGCCGAGGGGGCUUGUCCCGGGGGCCGUCCUGCAGGCAUGUGGAGUGGAUGCUCCCUGCGCGGUUCCCAGGCUGAGUCCCAGGUCAGGUGUCGUGGGGGAGGGCAUCGGGCCACGUGUCCAUGAGCACCCCGGGACCCCUUCGUUAGUGCCUUGCUCUGGGCCCUGUGGGAGGAUGGGGUACCGGGCCGAGUGCCCCCGUCCAGCAGCAAUACCCUACCCUCCAGCCCCGGCACCCCGGGGAUGGAUGCCCCGCCCCCUUACUAUUUAUGCCCCAACUGCCUAUUUAUUGCAUUGAACCUGUCCUCACUGUGUCCCUCUGUGAAAACGUGCCCCGGGGGAUGUUGCCAAUGUCACUUACCUUCUGCCGUUGAGUUGUCCUGGGCCUGCCACUCGUGCUGGCUCCUCUGUGACAGUGCUGGCCUGGGCCCGCUCUCUAACCCCUGCCCCUGGCCAUGGCCAGCCGCAGCUGUCCUGAGCAGCAGAGGCCCAGGGUGGGCUUAGGGGAGGCGGUGCUGGUGCACCCGAAGCUGCUCACAGGCUCUGGCUGUGCCACCCUGGCCUGGGCUGUCCCCGGCCAAGUGUCUCAGGAAUCAGACCUUCCCUUCUGAUCCAUCUGAGCACCAGCAGGCUCCUGCCCAGGCUUGGGGCGGGGUCUGGCCCAGGGCUCCAACACAGGGCUUUGCCUGGCCCUACUGCCAAAUGUCCUCAGCGUCAUUUGUGUCCACCCUGCACCCUGUCGGCCUCCACUGCCCUGUCCUGUGCCCACCCCGAGGGGCCAAGGCCUUACCCUCUGUGUCUUCUGCCUCCUCCAAGCAACUGGCCCUCUUUGUGCUUCCCAGGUCUUUCCUCUGCCACUCUGCCACUGCAUGAGUUUUCCUUUGUUCAUGUAAUGUCUUUUCCUAAUUAAAAGGUGGGAAACAAG